AUGGGUUCCAAGACCGGGCGGAUAUUUGCUUUGGUUGCAGUUUGGAUCGCAGGCCUGAAGAUUUGCUCGCCCGGUUUCCUUCCGGCGUGGAAGGAAUCGCCGACGAGGACACACGCAGGACACGUCCCGGUUUUUUUGGGUACGGCGGGCUGGUUUGUCGGCGAAGUCGCUGCACAAGCGGAUGAUUACUCGCCGUACAAAGGCAGUUAUUCCGCUUUCGAUGAGGAGAAUCAGUGGGUGUACACCUCAUUCGCUGGAUCCCUCUUCUUCGCCUUGUUUGGUUUCCAAGUGGCAUCGAGAUUCGGUGGUGACGACUCGAAGUGA